UGUGUAACCAAAGAGAGAUACCACGAGUGGAGACAGAAUACCAACUCGGAUGGAUCCCGAGGCAAAUGUGGCUUUUUUAAAUCGAAUUCAAUAAUAUAUUUGUACCACUGUAGAUGCUGUGUUUUUAUUUACAUUAGUGAUGGUCAGCUGGAGGUAUUUUGAAAACAUGUUCUCAAACACAUAUUUUUCUCAAGUGUAGCAGGUUGUGAACUCUGCAAACAACGUUUCCACUCUGAGAGUGAGAAUGGCAAAUGACUGUAAUAAAUACAUGAAUUCAAUACAUUGGAAUACAAAAGAAGCCAUCCACCCAUGAUGGGCUAUUAGCAGGACAAUAGACUCUUGCCAAGAAGGAGAUCAAGAAGGAGGGUAGGAGGAGCAUUGUAUGUAAAGACACUGCACAGUAGCCUAAUAAAUAAAUGCAAAGGUUUUAUUUUGUUUUAUAGAAUUCAAUAAUUUACUGCAGGCCUGAGACCUAUGGCCUAAGGCCUAUGGGUUUAACCUUCUGAAUGAAUUAUUAUAUUGAAGAUAGACUGAAACAUUCAUACCUCCAUUAAUUUACAAAAGGAUAGUCUAAUAGCUCGGCUAGGAGGGAAAAAUCCCGCCAACUUGAAAUGUAUUCAAUGCUUAAGUACUCUAAACCUCAUUCAACCACAACAUGUUGGAUGAAGCAUAUACUGUACAGUAUUUGUUCAUCAACAUCUUUAUGCUUUCGUUAAUAAAAUAAUAAAGACGACUCACAGAUGUUUAUUUCAACUACUGUACAUCUCACCAGCUUUGAUCCAUGCCUGGGCCUGCAGCACGCAAAAUUCUUUGUUUGUCAGACGAAUCAUUGGGUCGGAACUACAUAACAGUACAAAACAAGAGAACACAUGGUUUAUUUUAUGAAAUAUAUAUAUAUAUAUAUAUAUAUAUAUAUAUAUAUAUAUAUAUAUAUAUAUAUAUAUAUAUACAGUACCAGUCAAAAGUUUGGACACACCUACUAAUUUUCCGUAUUGACUGACCUUCAUGUCUUAAAGUAAUGAUGGACUGUCGUUUCUCUUUCCCUAUUUGAGCUAUUCUUGCCAUAAUAUGGACUUGGUCUUAUUCCAAACAGGGCGAUCUUCUGUAUACCACCACUACCUUGUCACAACACAACUGAUUGGCUCAAAUGCAUUAAGAAGGAAAGAAAUUCCACAAAUUCACUUUUAAGAAGGUACACCUGUUAAUUUAAAUGCAUUCCAGGUGAUUACCUCAUGAAGCUGGUUGAGAGAAUGCCAAGCGAGUGCAAAGCUGUCAUCAAGGCAUAGGGUGGCUACUUUGAAGAAUCUCAAAUAUAAAACAUAUUUUUGUUUAACACUUUUUUGGUUACUACAUGAUUCCAUGUGUUAUUUCAUAUUGUUGAUGUGUUCACAAAUAUUCUACAAUGUAGAAAAUAGUAAAAAUAAAGAAAAACCCUUGAAUAAGUAUGUGUGUCCAAACUUUUGACUGGUACUGUGUGUGUGUAUAUAUAUAUAUAUAUAUAUAUAAAAUGUCUUACCGAGCCUUUCCAUAAGUCCACUCAAGUUUCUUCAACUGUCUUCUAACUGUGAUUAGAGUGAUGUUGAUGUUGUGCCGUGAUGCCAGCAGAUUCCAAAUGGCCUUUGCCGAUCGCUCAUCAUCUUCAUCCAUUAGUGAGUCGAUGGCUUGAAUAGUCUCGCUGGAAAUGGAAUACAGUGUAAAAAUGUGCAGCAGACAGUAAAGACCAGCAGUAGAUUUAUUUAAGCAUUAUUUUUAGCCUUAUUAGGCUACUGUCACGCCCUGACUCAGGGGACUCUUAUAUGUUGAGUCAGGGUGUGUAUAUUCUAUGUUGUGUAUUUUCUAGGUGUGUUAUCUAGUAUGUGUAUUUCUAUGUUGGCCGGUGUGGUUCCCAAUCAGAGGCAGCUGUCGCUCGUUGUCUCUGAUUGGGGAUCAUACUUAGGCAGCCUAUUGGCAGUAGGUAGUUGUGGGAUCUUGUUCAGUGUAUAGGUUUGUUGUGUGUUCAGCCUUAGGACUUCACGUUUCGGUUGUUUAUUGUUUUGUCAUGUGUUUAUUCGUUGUAAAUAAACAUGUACGCAUUUCACGCUGCGCCUUGGUCUGACCCGUCCUUAAACGAACGUGACAGAAGAUCCCACCAAACACGGACCAAGCAGCAUGCCCAGGAGGACCGAACAGGUGGGGAAGAUGUGGUCGUGGGAACAGAUAUUUGCGAUGAAAGGACCAUGGGUGAAGGUAGAUGCCCAUGCAGGAGAGGAGUAACGGCAACACGGAGGGUGCUGGUCGAGGAGGAAGCCCGAGAAGCAGCCCCAAGAAAAUGUUUUUGGGGGGCACACGGGGUGGUUGGCGGAGCCUAGUUUCAGAGCAGAGCCAACUCCCCGUACUCAAGCGAGGAAGCGUGUGACUGGGCAGGCUCCGUGUUAUGCGGAGCAACGUACUGUGUCGCCAGUGCGCCGGCACAGUCCUGUACAUCCUGUGCUAGCACCACGCCGUUCCGUGCGAAGAUGGGCAUCCAGCCAGGAUGGGGUGUGCCGGCUCAACGCUCCUGGUCUCCAGUACGCCUCCUCGGUCCCGCAUAUCCUGCGCCGGUUCUGCGUACUGUAUCACCAGUGCGCAUACACAGCCCAGUGCGUCCUGUGCUAAUGCCUCACACAUACUGUGCGGAAGUAGGCAUCCAGCCAGGAUGGGUUGUGUCAGCUCUCCGCUCCAAACCUCCAGUCCGCCUCCACAGUCCGGGUACGGCCCGUGCCUGCUCCCCGCAACGGGCCAGUGGUGCGUGUUCCCAGUCCGACCUGGCCUGUUCCUGCUCCCCGCACCAAGCCAGUGGUGCGUGUUCCCAGUCCGGCCCGGCCCGUUCCGGCUCCUCGCACCAAGCCAGUGGUGCGUGUUCCCAGUCCGGCCCGUUCCCGCUCCUCGCACCAAGCCAGUGGUGCGUGUCGCCAGUCCGGCCCGGCCCGUUCCUGCUCCUCCCACCAAGCCAGUGGUGCGUGUCGCCAGUCCGGCCUGGCCCAUUCCUGCUCCUUGCACCAAGCCAGUUGUGCGUGUUCCCAAUCCGGCCCGGCCUGUUCCUGCUCCCCGCACCAAGCCAGUGAGCGUGUUCCCAGUCCGGCCCGGCCUGUUCCUGCUCCCUGCACCAAGCCAGUGGUGCAUGUUCCCAGUCCGGCCCGGCCCGUUCCUGCUCCUCGCACCAAGCCAGUGGUGCGUGUCGCCAGUCCGGCCCGGCCUGUGCCUGCUCCUUGUACCAAGCCACUGGUGCGUGUUCCCAGUCCGGCCCGACCUGAUCCUGCUCCCCGCACCAAGCCAGUGGUGCGUGUUCCCAGUCCGGCCCGGCCUUGUCCUGCUCCCCGCACCAAGCCAGUGGUGCAUGUUCCCAGUCCGGCCCGGCCUGUUCCUGCUCCUCGCACCAAGCCAGUGGUGCGCGUCGCCAGUCUGGCCCGGCCUGUUCCUACUCCUCGCACCAGUGGUGCGUGUGUUCAGUCUGGCACAGCCCGUGCCCGUUCCACCGGGAAGCAGAGCAGUCCGCUCCACCGGUGCCUGAUCCAGCUCCGGUCAGCGGCUCCACUCCGGAGCCAGAGCAGUCCGCUCCACCGGAGUCCAGUCCAGCUCCGGUCAGCGGCUCCACUCCGGAGCCAGAGCAGUCCGCUCCACCAGUGCCUGAUCCAGCUCCGGUCAGCUGCUCCACUCCGGAGCCAGAGCAGUCCGCUCCACCGGUGCCCGGUCCAGCUCCGGUCAGCGGCUCCACUCCGGAGCCAGAGCAGUCCGCUCCACCGGUGCCCGGUCCAGCUCCGGUCAGCGGUUCCAGUCCAGACCCAGACAUCAGCCCCUCUCCAGGUUCGGGGUCUCCCAAACCAGGUUCCAGACAGGUCUUGGAGUAUCGUGGGAGGAAGAGAGAGGCGGAGAGUAUGUGGUCGUCACGCCCGGAGCCGGAUCCGUCUCCGAGGCGGAAUGCCCACCCGGCCCCUACCAUGUUGUGUGAAAGUUGUGCGGUCGGAGUCCGCACCUUUGGGGGGGGGGUACUGUCAUGCCCUGACUCAGGGGACUCUUAUAUGUUGUGUCAGGAUGUGUAUAUUCUAUGUUGUGUAUGUUCUAGGUGUGUUAUCUAGUAUGUGUAUUUCUAUGUUGGCCGGUGUGGUUCCCAAUCAGAGGCAGCUGUCGCUUGUUGUGUCUGAUUGGGGAUCAUACUUAGGCAGCCUAUUGGCACUAGGUAGUUGUGGGAUCUUGUUCCGUGUAUAGGUUUGUUGUGUGUUCAGCCUUAGGACUUCACGUUUCGUUUGUUUAUUGUUUUGUCGUGUGUUUAUUCGUUGUAAAUAAACAUGUACGCAUUUCAUGCUGCGCCUUGGUCUGACCCAUCCUUAUACGAACGUGACAGCUACUGUACAGUAUUGUAGCCUAUUAUACCUGUUCAUUUUCCUGGGCUUUCGCGUUCUGCGUAACACAGGCAUCUGAUGAUCGUGUUUGCGAAUAGCACUGUCCGUGACCGUAAUCCCCAAGUCUAACAGUAUUUUUGAAAUGUCUCCAGUAGAUUUUCCGUUCCUCCUGAAAGCCCUAAUCUGCUCACUUAACUGAAUAGAGAUCCUGGUCAUCAUGCUACAGAAUGUUGCUACAGCAUAAUCAAAGUGAGGACAAUGGGAGAUCUGCUGUAUACUUAUGGCCUAUUGUAACCUGGAGUCACACCUUUCCAGUACUCCUCACCCCACCCCAAACUCUGCCCUUAACACAGUUACCAUUCAAAAAUGAUCUGUUUAUCUCAAAAACAUUUCAUUGCGACCAAAGAGAACAGACGGAAUCGACAUCGUUUUCAGCAAGCCAGCUUCUUUAUAUGGUGCUACCCGUUCCAGGGUUAGGACUGUAACCACCAGAGGAUUUUAAAAUGAGCCGGAGCUGAGAGGAUCACCAAAACUAAAGGUAUUUUGGUUUCAGUGCAUUUUCUUUUUAAACAAAUACAUAGCCUAUCAAUGUGUAGGCACACUGCAAUGAAAUUGAUAAUUGUGUACCAAAAAUGUGAACGUGUGUUUCCAGAGCAUACAACCAUGCCGACAACCAUCUGUGGAGAUCAGUGGACAAAGGGCUGGACAACGGGCCGCACCGAAAAAACGCAUGGGUUCCCAGGAAAGCGGCGAGUUUUGCUAGAUUCUUAAAAUGUGUUUCUGUAUGCUGCAUUUGUGUGUAGGAGUCACUUGUCAUUCUUAAUGUAUCUACUGUUUCAAUCAUAGGCCACUGUAAUCGAUGGGGGCUCAGGGCGGUACCAUUCUGCUCAUCUGAUGAAGGUGCACAUGGAUCAGAUUCAAACUUUGAAGACCGAGAUCGAGUCAUUGAAGGCAGACCAGCAGAAAGAGAAACAUUCUCUGAGGGCAGAGAUACGGGUGACAGCUGACGCAUUGGUCCAGAGCCAGGCGGCAUUGGCGGAGAGUCAGGCGGAGAAUGACGCGUUGAAGAGGGCGAGGAACGAGAUGGAGUCACAGUCCAUUCCAGGCACACCUGUGAGCUCUGGAACUCCACCUCCGACAGGCAGAGUCAACAAUCGUGGCGGGUUCGUCAGGUCGUCGGUUCACCAUGACAUUUCCAUCCCUCUUCUGACACCAUAACUUGACAAACUGCUCACCAGGCACAGCAAGGGCCGUCCAUACCAUUAUGCUGUUCUGCUAUUCCAUGGAUGUAUAACCGAAGAGAGAUACCACGAGUGGACACAGAAUACCAACUGGGAUGGAUCCCGAGGCAAAUUUGGCUUACCAGUGAACCACAGAGUGUUCAUCAUUAAUACUGCGUCUCAGAAGUUUCUGCCCAUGACUGAUGCAACCCGAAAAAGCAUUAAAGACAGAGUUAAUGAGUACUUGAGAUCAUGGCCUGCUCUCCCU